AUGGCUAUGGUGGUUCUCACAACCCUUUUGGUGAUCUGUGUGAGUUUGGUAUUGAGAGUUGCAUAUGAUACCAUAUCAUGUUAUUGGCUCACUCCAAGACGCAUAAAAAAGAUAAUGGAGAAGCAAGGUGUGUGUGGCCCCAAACCACGCUUUCUCACUGGAAACAUCUUAGACAUGGCUUCCCUUAUUUCAAGAGCCCUUUCUCAAGACAUGAAAACCAUCAACCACGAUGUUGUUCCUCGUCUUUUGCCACAUUUUGUUGCCUGGUCCAAACAAUACGGAGAGAGGUUUAUAUUUUGGAAUGGUAUAGAGCCAAGGCUGUGUUUGACAGAGAGUGGAAUGAUAAAGGAGUUUUUGUCGAAGUACAGUACCAUAUCUGGGAAAUCAUGGCAGCAACAACAGGGAUCCAAACAUUUCAUAGGGAAAGGCUUGUUGAUGGCAAAUGGUGGAGAUUGGUCUCACCAACGUCACAUAGUUGCCCCUGCAUUCAUGGGAGACAGACUUAAGGGGUAUGGUGGGCACAUGGUGGAAUGCACAAAGGAGAUGCUUGAAUCACUGGAAAAUGUGUUACAGUGUGGGGAAAGUGAGGUGGAGAUUGGAGAAUGGGUAACCAAACUCACUGCAGAUAUAAUCUCAAGAACUGAGUUUGGAACAAACUAUGAGAAGGGAAAGCAAAUAUUUCACCUCCUCACACAGCUUCAGAGUCGCUGUGCUCAAGCAAGUCGUCAUCUUUGGUUUCCUGGAAGCAGGUUUUUUCCUAGUGCAUACAACAGAGAGAUAAAGUGCAUGAAAAUGGAGGUGGAGAGGCUAUUGAUGGAGAUCAUAGAGAGUAGAAAAGAAUGUGUGAAGAUGGGGAGAAGCAACUCUUAUGGGAAUGAUUUGUUGGGUAUACUAUUGGAUGAGAUAACAAAAGAGGGUGAUAACUUGAAUUUGCAACUAGUAAUGGAUGAAUGCAAAACAUUUUUCUUUGCUGGACAUGAAACCACAGCACUGUUACUCACAUGGACAAUCAUGCUAUUAGCAAGCAAUCCACUUUGGCAAGACAAAGUCAGAGCUGAAGUCAGAGAGGUCUUCAAUGGGGAAACUCCAUCACUGGAUCAACUAUCCAAGCUCACUCUGUUACAGAUGGUUAUUAACGAGUCAAUGAGGCUCUAUCCUCCAGCAACUGUGCUUCCUAGAAUGGCUUUUGAAGACAUUGUGUUAGGUGACCUUUAUAUUCCUAAAGGAUUAUCAAUUUGGAUUCCAGUGUUGGCUAUUCAUCACAGUGAAGAAUUAUGGGGUAAAGAUGCAAAUGAAUUCAACCCUGAGAGGUUUGCUUCAAAGUCAUUCAUUCCUGGGCGUUUUAUACCAUUUGCUUCUGGUCCUAGAAAUUGUGUUGGACAAUCUUUUGCUAUGAUGGAAGCUAAGAUUAUUUUGGCUAUGUUGAUCUCAAGGUUUAGCUUCACCAUUUCAGAGAAUUAUAGGCAUGCACCUGUGGUUGUCCUCACAAUUAAGCCCAAAUAUGGAGUUCAAGUUUGUUUGAAGCCAUUAGAAACAUAA